AUGAUCGGCAAGCGCUACGAGCGGGGCCGAUGUUUCGUGUUGUGGGUGGCCAUCGGAUUGUUCGGUGUGCCCAUGCGGAUCCCUACCAAUGUCCUAGACUACAAGUUCGACAAACUUCCAGCUUGGUUUCCAAAAAAGGAGAGCUCUAAAAACAGCGUUCGGGGAGAAUGUGAUUUUUCGAGACCAGUAUCACGGAUGUUGGUUCACGCUUUAUGGCAUUUCAACGAGAAAACUAAUCCAAUCCCACAAAGGAUUGUUCAUGGAACUACUAUCGAAAUUAUUCGGACCAUAUUUCCAAGUGUCAUUCUUUUGUUCAUUGCCAUACCAUCGUUUGCUCUGUUAUACUCAAUGGACGGGGUAUUAGUAGAUCCAACCAUUACUAUCAAAGCUAUUGGACAUCAAUGGUAUCUGAGUUAUGAGUAUUCGGACUAUAACAGUUCCAAUGAACAGUCACUCACUUUUGACAGUUAUACGAUUCUAGAAGAUGAUCCAGAAUUGGGUCAAUCACGUUUAUUAGAAGUUGACAAUAGAGUGGUUGUACCAGCCAAAACUCAUCUACGUAUGAUUGUAACACCCGCUGAUGUACCUCAUAGUUGGGCUGUACCUUCCUCAGGUGUCAAAUGUGAUGUUGUACCUGGUCGUUCAAAUCUUACCUCCAUCUCGGUACAACGAGAAGGAGUUUACUAUGGUCAGUGCAGUGAGAUUCGUGGAACUAAUCAUGCCUUUACGCCUAUCAUCGUAGAAGCAGUGACUUUGAAAGAUUAUGCGGAUUGGGUAUCCAAUCAAUUAAUCCUCCAAACCAACUAA